GAACCACAGCUGCUCACUACCUUUACUUGUAUGGUGAAGAGGUGUAACCAUCGUUCUGCACAUUCGUGCACCAAGCAUGCCUAUGCUAGCGGCAUCGUGAUCAUCCAGUGUCCUAACUGUAAGAAUUGGCAUCUCAUCGUUGAUGAUCUUGGUUGGUUCAAGGAUACCAUGGAAGAUGGGAAACUCAAAAACAUCGAUGUCCUCCGUACACCCAAUACACGCAAUACAUACACCAGUAAUAUGUAA